AUGCUCCCAAAAGCAACAUACUUUACUGAACUUUCUUUUUCAGCCGCUUUGCAUAAUCUCACGGGCUACGAGGAUUGUAACUUCCUUCUUGAUGAUGUAGUUUGGGAAGGCAACGGCCCUCAGAAAGCCAUUCUUAAAGUUACGAAUCCACUAGAGGCAAAAACCCAUAAAAACAUCGAUUUCCAAGUAAAGCUAUGCGAACUCCUCAACGAAAACGAUAUUCCAUGCCCAAAGAUUAUCAAAAGGCUCGAUGGAAGAAAGUGGGCAUUGGAGGAAGUUGUUGAUGGAGAAAACGAUGUUGAGAAUGGCACUGGUUCGCGCCCUGUUAGUCGGAUUUCUGUUCCAGUGCCUACCUUUGUGUUAGAUUAA